AACAGGAAGAUACAGGUACACCCCAAGGGAAAAGGGAGGGGUACAGGCAGCCAUCUAUCACUAUACUUGGCAUUGGCAGAACCAAGCAGCUUAUCUCAGGGUAGUCAAAUAUAUGCAGAAUUUACAUUGCGUAUCCUUGAUCAAAUCAAUGCAAAUAAUUACUUCGGCAAAGCCAAUUAUUGGUUCAGUGGAUCACAUACGUUCUGUGGAUGGCCAAGAUUUAUAUCGAUUGGGUACUUCAGUUUGCCUGGGGCUGGUUUUCUGGUCAAAGACACCUGUGUUAUAGAAGCUGAAGUCACUGUGCAUGGGGCUACUACUAAUAAUAUAAUGCUCUAAUUAGUAAGUCUGA